AUGGCGGCAAUCGAUACCGAGAAUCGAAGGGGAAUUUUACGACUACCAACUAGACCCAUUUCAUUGGAAGAUCGCUAUGAUCCACCUGCGAAUUUCCUUGAAAUUGACGUUGGUAAUCCUGAGACACACGGUUUCGGUAAUAAACGUUAUACGGACUAUGAAAUUCGCAUGAAAACGAAUUUACCAGUUUUCCGGCUGAAAGAAUGUUCUGUACGUCGACGUUACUCUGAUUUCGAAUGGCUACGUAAGGAACUGGAACGGGAUAGUAAAAUUGUUGUUCCAGCUCUACCUGGAAAAGCUUGGAAACGGCAAAUGCCCGGAUUUCUUCGUCGCGAUGAUGGUAUUUUUGAAGAUGAUUUCAUCGAAGAACGACGCAAAGGUCUAGAGCAAUUCAUCAAUAAGGUUGCGGGUCAUCCUCUAGCACAAAAUGAACGUUCACUGCAUGUUUUCCUUCAAGAUACUACCAUUGACUAUAGUUCAUACGUUCCUGGUAAAGUACGAAAUUCUUAG